UUAUGUUUAAACAACAGAAAGAUAAAGUUGCAAAGAUCGUGUUUAUCUGUUAGCGAUUUUUAGGACUGUAAUCAACAAAUUCAAUCUAAAACGUAAUAAGCAUUGAAGUAGUUACAGUCCUGAAUAAUUAAGUUCAUUCUAACUAUUUUCCUCAUUUACGUACACUCUUUUCUUUACAAAGAAAAAAUUUCUCCUAGUCUCCUUCAUGAAGAUGUUUUCCAUUUUGACGUGUAUUUUGGCCACAUGGGCUGUGGUGGCUGUAAACGCACAGUCACCGGAGAACGCGCCAUCGCCAUCACCAUCUUUACCUUCUCCCGCGCCAACGGCAGAUUGCUUAACGAUUAUGAUGGAUAUGAUGCCUUGUUUGAAUUUUUUGGAGGCUGGUAGUGAUCUCACAAUGCCGGAUGCUUCUUGCUGUUCAGGGUUUAAACAGGUAUUGAAUGCGGAUCCUGAUUGUAUAUGUGUUGCUUUGGCCAAGAGUGCAAGUUUUGGUAUAAUUGUUAACAUGACUCAAGCUGCCGCUUUGCCUUCUGAUUGUGGUGUUUCUGCUCCACCACUCAGCAAUUGUAACAGCACCACCCCUCCUAGUGCCUCUCCUGAUAAUCCUCCAUCACCAGUUAAUCCUCCAACUGAACAACCAGCUGCAUCUCCAACUUCAGAAUCGCCUGCUACAGCACCAACUGUUGAUGAUGAAGCUCCAGUUGAAGCUCCUAAUGCAGAGUCCAGUGACUCCACCAUUAAUUUAACUGCUUCCUUCUUAACGCUUCUUGUUAUAACCGCAGCUUCCGUUGCAUUCUCUAUUAUUAUGGUAGCAUAA